GUUGGCUUGUCGAGCUCGCGCUCAUGGCGGCUGCAGGCAGGGCGCGCGCAGUCCUGAAGCGCUUCAGUUUAUGAACGUGAGAAGAAAGGAAAACGUUAAAAAUGUGGCGGGGAUAAACUGAACGACCUCCGGUUUUGCAUUUUAAAUAAUGUUUGCAGAGGCCAGUCUGUCCAUCUGGGGAUGGGGGGGUCUAGGAGUCGUCCUCUUCCUCAUCACAUUUGGACCCUUUGCCAUCUUUUAUCUGGCCUUCUACAUCCUCUGUUUCAUUGGCGGGGGUUUUGUAGUGCUUCUUUUAUUUGGAAAGAUAAACUCAGAGAAACACCUGGAAAGGUGUGAACACUCCUACCUGCCAUCAACACAGCCGGCCAUACUGAAGGUUUUGGAGGAGAUGAAAUCAGAGUCCAAACCCAUAAAGAUCGAUCGCCGUCUGACAGGAUCCAGUAUCAUAGAUGAGCCACUGCAGCAGGUCAUCCAGUUCGCCUUGAGGGACUAUAUCCAGUAUUGGUAUUACACACUAAGUGAUGAUGAAACGUUCCUCUUGGAGAUCCGUCAGACGGUCCAGAACGCACUCGUUGAGUUCUCCACCAGGUCUAAAGAGGUGGACUGGCAGCCGUAUUUCACCACCAGACUAGUGGAUGACUUUGCGACUCAUCUGCGUGUUUUCAGGAAAGCUCAGGAGAGGCUGAACGAGAGAGAAGAUCCAAAACAACGUGACGCGCCGGACGAGUUGCUGGACUCGUUUUUUGAGGCGGAGGUGGAAAUGGAGAGGAAGAUUUGUAGAGAUGUCGUUUGCACGUCACGCAAGGAUGAAGAAGGUUACCUGCGGGAUCUCUGUGAAGUGCUGCUGUACCUGUUACUACCUCCUGGAGAUUUCCACAACAAGAAUAUGAGAUACUUCCUCAGGGAAGUUUUGGCCAGAGGAGUUCUGCUGCCCUUAAUUAACCAGCUGAGUGACCCUGAUUACAUCAACCAGUUCAUCAUCUGGAUGAUUCGUGACUCCAGCUGUAACUACGAGGCCUUCUUGAACAUCUUGAAGCUGACAGACAAAGUGGCCGAGCUGGAGGCCGUCAAAGACAAAGUCCUGGAGGAGCUUCAGUACCUCCGAUCUCUGGACACGGGAGCAGACGAUAUCAACUUCAUAAAGAAUCAAAUCAAUAGUUUGCUCUUUGUGAAGAAAGUCUGUGAAACACGGAUACAACGGCUACAAUCAGGGAAGGAAGUUGACGCAUUGAAACUUGCAGCUAAUUUUGGGAAGCUGUGUGUGAUUCCGUUGGAACAUAUAUUAGUGCACAACAUCGCGCUGCAGUUCUUCAUGGACUACAUGCAGCCCAUGGGCGGUCAGGCGAUCCUGUUCUUCUGGCUGACGGUGGAGGGCUAUCGGGUCACGGCCCAGCAGCAGCUGGAGGUCUUACAGAGCAGCCAGAGAGACGGGAAGAGGCAGAGCAGCCAGACCACCAAAGGCCUGCUGAGAGCCGCCGCGCUCGGCAUCUACGACCAGUACCUGUCCGAGAAGGCCUCUCCUAGGGUGGAGGUGGACGAAGGGUCUGUAACCAGACUGGCUCAGAAACUCAACAAAGAGGAUCCCACACCUGAGAUAUUUGAUGAAAUCCAGAAAAAGGUGUAUGAUAUGAUGUUGCGGGAUGAGAGGUUUUACCCGUCGUUUAAGCAGCACCCGCUGUACGUGCGGAUGCUGGCCGAGCUGGACAUGCUGAAAGAGCCCAGUUUCAGGGGGUCAGAGGACGGGGAUGGAGAGUCGUUCAACGGGUCUCCAACAGGAAGCAUUAAUUUAUCAUUAGAUGAUCUCAGCAGCGGGAGCGUGGAUGAGUCUGCUCAGCUUCAUGCCUUUAUCUCUGAUACGGGCGUGUGUAAUGAUCACGGGAAGACGUAUGCUCUCUAUACCAUCACCGUCAUACGCAAGAACUCGGACGGCAGCGAGGACAUCUGGAAGACGUACCGCCGCUACAGCGAUUUCCACGACUUCCACAUGCGCAUUACAGAGCAGUUUGAGAGCCUUGGUCCGAUUCUCAAGCUUCCUGGCAAAAAGACCUUUAACAACAUGGACAGGGAGUUUUUGGAGAAGAGGAAGAAGGACCUGAACGCUUAUUUGCAGCUGCUGUUGAAUCCUGAGAUGGUGAAGGCCUGUCCCGUGCUGAUCCCCUACGUCUAUGACUUCCUGGAGAACAAAGCCUACAGCAAGGGCAAAGGAGACUUUGCACGCAAGAUGGACACGUUUGUGAAUCCUCUCCGGAGCUCCAUGCGGAAUGUGUCCAAUGCCGUGAAGUCACUGCCGGACAGCCUGGCCGAGGGAGUGUCCAAAGUCUCGGCGGACAUGGGCCGCAUGUCUGAGAAACUUGGCCAGGAUAUUAAACAGUCCAUAUUUAAGGUGCCUCCUUUAAUCGCAAAGUCUGACAUCGAUCCCGAACACUGCCGCGUCUCGGCCCAGCUGGACGACAAUGUGGAUGAUAAUAUUCCACUGAGGGUGAUGUUGCUGCUGAUGGACGAGGUGUUUGAUCUGAAGGAGAGAAAUCAGUGGCUGCGCAGAAACAUCAAAAACCUCCUACAGCAGCUCAUCAAAGCCACGUAUGGAGACACCAUUAACAGGUGCGACAGACACGCACGCAUGCGGUUGCAUUUCUGCUGUCUGUUCAAAGCUGAACUUAUGUUUUUGCUUCAUUGCAGGAAAAUUGUGGAUCACGUCGACUACAUGACCUCGCCUGAGCAAGUGUCUGAUUAUGUGAAGAGAUUCAGAGACUCUUACUGGCCAAACGGGAUCCUCGCCGAGACGCCGCCCCGCAGAGACAAAAGCUUGCGCAUGAGGACGCGAGUCGCCGCCAAGACCACACUCCUGGGCAUCAUGCCAGAUGAGUUGAAGCACAUCAUCGGGGCGGAAACCACACGCAAGGGCAUCCUGCGCGUCUUUGACAUGUUCCAGCACCAACCCCUGAACCGCCGGCUGGCCUGCGUCUUUCUGGAGGGCUUCCUGGAGACCUUGUUUCCUCAGUACAAGUUCCCCGAGCUGUUCGUCAAGCUCCACUCACGCUCGCCGCGCGUGCUCAGAUAUUCACAGAAAUUGCGUAGCUUGCACAAGAGGUGACAGACGGACGCUUCUCCCGCCGACGCAGAGGGGGAGGAGGAGCCAGUGGCCGCUCGCCGCGACAGAGCCGCCCCGACGGUGGCGCACAUCCCGGCGGCAAACGCUCGAACACACACCUCCCUCUUAGUGCCUCGUGGCUGUUCUCGUUUAAAGCACUGUAUUGACACGGCCGUAGCAUAGAGGACGCAUCUUAUCACCGUGAAGCGUUCGGUCACGUCUGAACCACUACGAAAGACUGCAGAUCCCGAGCACCGAGCCAUCGCUCUUUCCGUUUGCCGUGCAUUUCUGAUCUGAUGUUUUGAAUGACACUGUGUAGAUAUAUACGAUUUGUUUGGUUUAUUUGGGUUUGUUUUGUAUUUGGCAUUGGUCGCCUCAUCGUCAGUACUGUAUGGUGAAGGAAAUCCGACCGAAGCAACCUAUGCACCUUAACACUCAUUACAAGGAGAACCAUAUGAGGAGGGUCAUGAUCGUUUUGUGGCACUGAAACUGAAAUAGGCGUAAUGUUUCCUGCCAACCAAUCGGUUGCAUGAAGUGAGUGGGGAUUAAAACAGGACACGCCCCCCUGCCUUUUGCUUAUAUGUAACAAUUAAGCUGAUCUAAAAAUGACUUAAAGGAAUAGUUAAUGCAAAAAUGAAAAUUUGCUGAAGAUGUCCUCGACCUCAGGCCAUCCAUGAUGUAGAUGAGUUUCUUCAUCAGAUUUGGAGAAAUGUAGCAUUGCAUCUCUUGCUCAGCAAUGGAUCCUCUGCAGUGAAUGGGUGCCGUCAGAAUGAGAUUCCAAACAGCUGAUAAAAACAUCACAAUAAUCCUCACCACUCCAGUCCAUCAGUUAAUGUCUUGUUUGUAAGAAACAAAUCCAUCAAGACGUUUUUAACUUCAAACCAUUGCUUACGUCCAUAAUAACACUUCCUCCAGUGAAAAAGUUCAUCUCCUGUUGUCUCUCACAUCAAAAUUCACCCACAUAUUUGUUUAGAGCUCAUGAUUUGCUUUGGAUUGUGUUGUUAAACGGUCCUUGAUCUGUGCAUAUUGCUCUGCUGAUUCAAUCCAUUAUAACGCUUCCUUCAGUGAAAAAGUGGUCUGGUCUAUGGACUCGUGUUUUAGUCGGAAGCUAUGGUUUGAAGUUGAAAACGUCUUAAAAUGAUAGAUCUGUUUAAUAUAAACAUGCAGCUUUUCUCUUCUUAAGACAUUAACUGAAGGACUGGAGUGGUGUGGGUUACUUGUGGAUUAUUGUGAUGUUUUUCUCAGCUGUUUGGACUCUAGUUCUGACGGCACCCAUUCACUGCAGAGCAUCCACUGGUGAGCAAGUGAUGCGAUGCUACAUUUCUACAAAUUUGUGAUGAUACAAACUCAUAGACGGCCUGAGGAUGAGUGGAUUUUCAGCAAAUUUUCAUUUUUGGUUGAACUAUUCCUUUAAUGAUUAUCUAAAGCCCUCGAACAUAUCAAAGUGGACAGAGAUGAUGGAAUUUAAGGGUAUAUUUGCAUGACCGUCUCAGACGGCUACGUGGAGCUCAUUGCAUACGGAGAUAUGCUUUAACGAAUGUACGUGUCGAUGUUUGUGUGUGUCCUGUUUUUAUAACUCAAUCCAGUGGAGGGUCGUGUUUGUGUUUUUUUUUUUUUUUUUAAUGACUUUAUUUUAGAAUAGCAAGUGUAGCACUAAACUGCAACUGUCUGAUGCCGAAGACUGUUUCAGCGUGAGAUAUAGAUUCAGCCUUAAACACAAGACCAAGAGACGUGUGUUUAGACGUAGCUUUCACACGGACGCACCCUCGUACGCACACACUCUAAGGAGACAUCGACUGUCCCAAUCCCGUUUUCAAUCAGAGAAUAUGUCAUUCGUUUUUGUGCAAUAUAUUUCUUUAAUGCAUGUUAUAUAAUAAUCGUAUAUGGGAUAGUUUUCAAGUAUAUUAGAGUGAAGAAUUUCAGAAGCCAAUCCAAAACCACAGGAAACUCUUCAAAACCACCGAAACAUUCCGUUGUUGUAAAUGGCUUAUUUUAAAGGACUUGUUUUAUAAGUCUGGCUUUUUAACACUUGUGUUGGGGAUGUUUUUUUUGUUUGUUUUUAAUGUUUCGUCGCUCCUGCUGCUUUCUUGAUGGAUUUUGGCGCGUUUUGCUUUUAGGAAACGAGUGAAAGCACAUUGUAAGUGAAGACACGAAAGAUGCUGCCGAGGUCAGAGGUCGUCUGGCGUUUGAGCACAGAUCUUAAACACUCUUUAUUACUGUUAAACACUCUCCAGUCACAUUUGUGAUAUAUCUACACUUCACAAGAACAUGCACGGGUCAUAUUUCACCCCAAAGGUCUUUUUUUUUGUUUGUUGCAUUUACAUGCUUUUUAAAAAUGAUUAAGAACCUUUUUUUUUUAAAUUACUGUAAUGUGGAAAACAAAUCUCAAAUAUAUAUAACAAUUUAAAUAAAUUAUUAUAUAAUAAAUUAUAAAAUAAAAAAUUAUUAUAAUUAUAAAAAUGUAUUUAAUAUUUUAUAUGAUUAUAUUAUUUUUUUAUUUUUAUGCAUAAAAAUAAUGUAAUUUAAAUGAUUACAAAUCAUUUAAUCAUUAUUAUAAUGUAAACUGAAAUACAAAUAAAUGAUGCUUGCUAUGUAAUAAUUAGGUUCUUUGAUUUUAGUAAUGAGAAUUGGGAAGAAAAAUCAUGGGAAAGAAAGUGUUUUCAUUUAAUUGUCUAUGCAAACAUAUAAUUGAUUUAUUUUGAUUUUGGAGCAAAAUAUGACCUGUAAAUGUUCUUUGGUCUCAGGUUUCAUGAGAUUGAUGCUUGACCUGGUUCAGAUCAGCAGAAAUAGAUGAGAACUCAUUUUGUGUUUUAAUAAAAAUAAAAAUAGCACUUGAACUCUUGAUUGAAGGGUUUUGAAGAUUCUUUGAGUUGCUCUUGUUUUGUGGCUGUUUGCUGUGAUUGACCAGCAGUGUUACUCGUGUGAUUUGCCUGUUCGUGGUCUUUCUCUACUGUGAUUGGCUGGCACUGAGAAGCUAAACUCUGCUGUGAUUGGUCGAGUCAAACAGGAGCAACUUCCCCUUUAGAUCCACCAAAUGUUCCAUACAGAUGUUUCUGAUUUGAUUUUGUUUUCUGAAUCCCCGUACGUAUGAAUCUAUGAACAUGAACUGUGCAUAUUGGUGUAUAGUAUCUGUCAGCGGUGUGCCUAAAUGUACUGUCAAUUAUAUUUUCUUAUUUUUCUUUAACAUAGUCAGUCGAUUUGAAUGUCACGGUCGUUUUAAUAGACUGAAAAUGACUCUAAAGGAGUAGAGUGUUUGCAUUAUGCUUCUAAAACCUUCAUUUUGAGCAGCUUUACUCAGUAUAACACUAAUAAAAUUAACUCCAACUCA